GGAGGUUGUCGAAUAUUACCACGGCGAUGGGGAAUGGUACCGGUCUAGUCGGCCGUUGAUCGCGGUACCGCGAGCUACGGUUCUCUCGCGAGUCUUGGUCGCGCUUCUCCUUUCGUACUACUUGCGCACCUCAAGUCCCAGCAAUUAUCGCUCGAGGGAUACGGGGUGACCAUCCUUGAGAAAGAUGAGUUGCAACUGCCCAUUGACCACGUCGACCGGGCCGACGUUGGCUUCGACGUGCGGCGGGCCGUCUUUCAUGCUUUUCAUGGGGCUGCUGGAGGUCUUCUUACGUAGCCAGUGCGACCUCGAGGACCCGUGCAACAGGCCCGCGCCGCCGAGCAAUGUCAAUACGAGGUACGACUUCGUGGUAAUAGGAGGCGGUAGCGCAGGUGCGACCGUCGCGGCCAGAUUAUCGGAAGAGCCCCGAUUCUCCGUGUUGCUACUGGAGGCUGGCCUGGACGAGCCCACCGGCACGCAGAUACCCUCGUUCUUCUUUAACUUCAUCGGCAGCGACAUCGACUGGCAGUAUAACACCGAGAGCGAGGACGAGGCUUGCCUAAAUAAGGAGCACAACCAAUGUUAUUGGCCAAGGGGAAAAGUUCUCGGCGGUACCAGCGUGAUGAACGGGAUGACGUACAUGAGAGGAUCGCGCAAGGAUUACGACGACUGGGCCAGGCUCGGCAAUGUCGGCUGGUCUUACCGAGACGUCCUCCCGUAUUUCAUAAGGAGCGAAGAUAAUCAACAAGUCAAUAACAUGGAUUACGGCUAUCACGGAGUCGGCGGGCCGCUCACGGUCACGCAGUUCCCUUAUCACCCGCCCUUGAGUUUCGCUCUUUUGGAAGCCGGCAAAGAACUAGGAUACGACACGGUCGAUCUGAACGGAAGGACGCACACGGGAUUCGCCAUAGCGCAGACCACGUCGCGAAACGGCUCACGGCUGUCCACGGCACGCGCUUUCCUCCGUCCCGCCAGGAAUCGGCCGAACCUCCACAUAAUGCUCAACUCGACAGCGACGAAGAUCCUCUUCGACGACAGCAACAGGGCGGUCGGCGUCGAGUUCGUGCACGAUAACAUGCUUAAGCGCGUGUCGGUGGCGAAGGAAGUCGUCGUGAGCGGAGGCGCCGUUAACUCGCCGCAGAUCCUCCUGAACAGCGGCUUAGGACCCCGGGAGGAGCUCAACGCGGUGGGUGUGCCGGUCGUCCGUGAUCUUCCGGGAGUCGGCAAGAAUCUCCACAAUCACGUAGCCUACGCUCUGGCCUUUACCAUCAACGAUACCGACACCACUCCUCUCAAUUGGGCGACCGCCAUGGAGUACUUGCUGUUCAGGGACGGUCUCAUGUCGGGCACAGGGAUCUCCGAGGUGACGGCGAUGAUCAACACCAAGUUCGCGGAUCCGCGGGAGGAUCAUCCCGACGUUCAGUUAAUCUUCGGCGGUUACCUGGCCGAUUGCGCGGAGACCGGCAUGGUGGGCGAGAAGAAGGGCGCGAACCGCAGCGUAUACAUCAUCCCGACGAUCCUGCACCCGAAGAGUCGCGGUUAUCUGCGCUUGCGAAACAACGAUCCACUCUCGAAGCCGCUGAUUUACCCCAAAUACCUGACUCAUCCCGACGACUCAGCCGCUCUCGUGGAGGCUGUUAAGUUCAGCGUCAAGCUAGCGGAGACCCAGGCGCUCAAGAGGUACGGAUUCGAGCUGGACCGAACUCCGGUGAAGAGUUGCGAGCACCUCAAGUUCGGCUGCGACGCUUACUGGCAUUGCGCGAUCCGUCAUGACACGGCUCCCGAGAAUCAUCAGGCGGGUUCCUGCAAGAUGGGUCCCCCGGACGAUCAUUUGGCCGUGGUUGACAAUCAACUGCGAGUCAGGGGGGUGCGAGGCGUGAGGGUGGCCGAUACGAGCAUCAUGCCGCGAGUGACAUCCGGCAAUACGAACGCGCCGGCGAUCAUGAUCGGUGAAAGAGCAGCGGACUUCAUCAAGAGGACCUGGAUCGGUUGAUUCGAACUUGCUUGACGUUCGAUUACGAUGUUCUACUACUUCGCGAGAAGCACCGUGGUUCCAAGCGACACGAAUAUCUGAAAGAUGUCGCGAAGGAGUCUGAGUGACGCUUAUCGAUUAUUCAGACGAUUCUUUGGACGUUCUUCGGAUCUUCGAGUUAUUUCGAGUCUCCCAUUCUAGUAUGUAUAUUUCGCGGGACACAAAUCCAUAUUCUCCCGGCGAUCUUAAAAUGUUUGUCGACGAUUAAUCAUUACGAUCCGUGGCUGCAAUUAACCGUCGAAUUAUCCGUUCGUUACGCGCGUACUUCGCAAGACUCGGAGCAUUAUUUAAUCUCCGUUUAUCAUCUCGCCUCUUUCGGCAUCUUUCGGUAUCAUUCGUCUGUUGUGUGUGCGUGGAGCGGUUUCACCCAACAAUUUCGCCGACAAGACGCGAAUCGUGUUACCGGUUUUUCCCAGCUGCAGUCUAGAUUUUUAUCUCACGCCCGUUCUCGGCAUACCGAACCUUAGUUAAGCACUCCUCGCGGUAACAGGCUAUCGGUGAUCGUAAUCUCUUACCAAAUAGAUCAUUCGCCGCGAAUCGCGAGAACUCUCGACAAGCAAAGGCAUCCGACCGCAAUCCUGCUCCGUGUCUUCACCGAGUGAGUAAAAUAAGUGAACUCGCUACUGUAAAUAGUACAUUACCGCCACAGUGUAUUCCCCCCCCUCCCCCACGAAUCACUUGUAAGAUGAUGUACAAAUAAAGAAUGUCCUAUCGCGGAAGAAUAUCCUUUCUCGCUAUAUCUCAGCGGAAGUGUGCCGUUGUGAGCUCCGCGUACAUUCGACGACGGAAACGUGUCACUUGCCGA